UCUGCCCUGCCCUGCCCGAGCCUGCCCAGGGAGGGAGAGGUGCUGUCCCAGCUGGUGCCCAUGUGCUGGUCUCAGUUGCCACACAGAGGGGCCAUGCCAUGGGACACACAUGCCACUGCUUAGGGAGGCUGAGGGGGAGGGGAAAAGGGAGGGGGAACUGUGGCUCAGCACUGUCCAAGCCACCCACACAACCCCUGGUCCCCAGUGUGACCUGCAGGGCCUGUGGAGAAAUGAGCUGGGCUCCAAUAUGACCAUCUUGGCCACAAGCACAGCUGGGAACUUCUUGGGCUCCCACCACACUGCGGUGGCAGCCACCAACAAGCAGAUCCUGGUGUCACCUUUGGGAAAGGUCCAGCAGCAUCUCAGUGCCAAGAGACACCCCACCUUCAGCUUCACUGUGCAGUGGUCCUUGCCAGACUCCACCACUGCCUUUGUGGGCUUCGUGGAUCACCAAGGGAAGGAGACACUGGAGACCACGUGGCUCUGGGAAGAGGUCCUGUGACACAAGGACACCUGGAAAGCCACAAGAGACAGCACUUCCAUCUUCACCCACAUCAAGUGA